AUGGUGCCACAGUUUCCGUCCACUUGCAGUCCCAUAGCUGCUGGUGAGCUUACUUCUGCUUCUUUUGAUUUUGGCACUUCUUCUAUGCCAGAGGAGGCAAAACAUCGCCUCUGCGAGAAGAUGUUGCAGAGGAAGGAAGUGUUUUCUUGUAGCGAGUGGGAUGUAGGCUGCUCAAAAAGCACUCAGCAUGAAAUCAGGUUAAAUGACUCGCGGCCUUUUCGGGAGCGAUCUCGACGUUUAGCUCCUGCUGAUCUAGAGGAUGUGCGUCAGCAUUUGCUGGAACUCCAGAAUCAUGGCAUCAUUUCGGAGUCUCGGAGUCCGUAUGCUUCGCCCAUUGUUGUAGUGCGCAAGAAGUCAGGUAAAGUCAGGAUGUGUAUUGAUUAUAGAACGCUUAACCAGCGGACCAUCCCUGACCAGUACACAGUUCCCAGGAUCGAAGACGCCCUCCAUUGUCUCUCUGGUAGUAAGUGGUUCUCGGUGUUGGACUUGAGAAGUGGCUACUACCAGAUUCCCAUGAGCGAGGCUGAUAAAGAAAAGACAGCGUUCAUCUGUCCUUUAGGUUUCUAUCAGUUUGAGCGUAUGCCUCAGGGAAUCUGUGGUGCCCCUGCCACAUUCCAGAGAGUCAUGGAGCGGACAGUCGGAGACAUGAAUUUUCUGGAGGUUCUGGUGUAUUUAGAUGACCUGAUUGUCUUUGGUAGCACCUUGGAGGAGCAUGAGGAGAGACUCUUAAAGGUUCUGGACAGGUUGAGAGAUGAAGGUCUCAAACUUUCGUUGGAUAAGUGUCAGUUUGGCAGGACGUCUGUGAACUAUGUGGGGCACAUAGUUUCACAGGAUGGCAUAGCCACUGACCCCUCCAAAAUAGAGGCUGUUGUUUCAUGGCCUCGACCACAGACUGUCACUGAGCUACGGUCAUUUUUGGGUUUUUGUGGAUAUUACCGUCGUUUUGUGAAGGGUUUUUCCACAUUAUGCCGACCGCUGAACGAGUUGCUUCAGGGCUGUCUGCCUCGGAAGAAGAGCUCGAGUUCACAGGCUGCUGACUCGAAACCUUCUUUCCGGCCCUCUGAACCUUUUGGCCCUAGAUGGAGCGAUCAGUGCGAAUCCGCUUUUCAGGAGUUGAAGUCAAGGUUAACUCAGGCCCCGGUGCUAGCUUUUGCAGACCCCCAAAAGCCAUAUGUUUUGCAUGUGGAUGCAAGCCUGGAUGGUCUAGGUGGUAUCCUUUAUCAAGAGUACGUUGAAGGAUUGCGUCCUGUGGCGUUCAUCAGUCGUAGUCUUUCCCCUUCAGAGAGGAAUUAUCCAGCUCACAAACUGGAGUUUUUAGCUUUGAAGUGGGCUAUUGUGGAUCGGCUGCAUGACUACCUUUAUGGAGCCAGUUUUGAAGUCAGGACGGACAACAACCCCCUGACUUAUAUAACCAAGUCUGCCACAUUGGAUGCCACUGGUCAUCGCUGGUUGUCGGCAUUGUCCACUUACGACUUCAGCCUGAAGUACAGGCCUGGGCGGAAGAACAUGGAUGCUGACGCACUGUCGCGACGCCCUCACGUCAGUCUGUCCCUUGACGAUGAGUGGCAAGAGAUUCCCGCCCCUGGAGUGCGAGCUAUUUGUCAGGUGGUGGCCACACAGAGAGCUGGUUGUUCUCCAUUCCCCCGGGUUGCUGAUCAGAUUUGCAGCCAUGAGUCAGCUGUUCCAACAGCAUUCUGUCAUGUUGCUGCUGUAGCACCUGAUCAGUUGCCUACUUUUAGUUCUAGUGAGCUUCAAGAAGCUCAGAAAAGCGACCCUGUUAUAGGAGAUGUCUGGCAAGCUAUAAGUCUGAAGAAGCCUGCUAGUAGUAUCCUGACGCGGCAUCCUGACUUUAAGAUCCUGAAAAAGGAGUGGGCAAAGCUGUCUAUUGACAAGGGACUGCUAUACAGGACUGUUAAGCAGGGUGGUCAGUGUGUGAGACAACUGGUGCUCCCUAAGCAAUUCCAUGGUCUGGUUUUUAAGCUGCUGCACGACGAUAGUGGCCACUUGGGGUUUGACAAGUCAUAUAGUCUGGUUCGGGACAGGUUUUACUGGCCUCGUAUGAAGCUUGAUGCAGAGAAAUACUGUAAGACAUGUGAGCGCUGCAUCAAGCGGAAAACGUUGCCUCAGAGGGCUGCUCCUCUUUCCCACAUACAGAGUUCUGGACCCAUGGAUUUGGUGUGCAUAGAUUUUCUUUCGAUUGAGCCUGACUCUCGAAAUGUUUGCAAUGUGUUGGUCGUCACUGACCAUUUCACGCGUUAUGCACAAGCCUUUCCUACUAAGGACCAGACAGCUGUCACAGUGGCAAGGACUCUCUGGGAGAGAUAUUUUAUUCAUUAUGGCUUGCCCACCCGUAUCCACUCCGACCAGGGUAGGGACUUCGAGAGUAGACUGGUGACUGAGAUGUUGACAAUGUUGGGUGUGAAAAAGUCGAGGACGUCUCCUUACCACCCCCAGGGUGACCCACAACCUGAGAGGUUCAAUAGGACUUUGUUAGACAUGUUGGGCACCCUAGAGUCACAUCAAAAGUCAAAGUGGAGUCAGCAUAUAGCACAUUUGGUGCAUGCGUAUAAUUGCACUCCUAAUGAGGCUACCGGGUACUCACCCUAUUUCUUGAUGUUUGGUCGGGAGGCUCGCCUCCCUGUUGAUGUUUGCUUUGGUGUUUCAUCUGAUGACACGUCAUUUGCAUCACAUUUAAAGUAUGUGGCAAAGAUGAAAGAGGAGUUGCAAGCUGCUUACCAGCUGGCAUGUGCCUCUGCGGAUAGGAUGAAUCAGAGCAACAAGGAGAGGUAUGACCAGAAAGUUCGCUAUCAUAGCCUGAGUCCUGGGGAUCGGGUUUUGAUUAGAAACUUGGGUCUGAAAGGGAAGCAGAAGCUAGCGGAUAGAUGGAGCUCAUGUCUUUACAGUGUUGAUGGUCAGCUUUCUGACCUCCCUGUGUACAGGUUGACGCCUGUUGAUGGUAAUGGACCAGUCAAGGUGAUGCACCGUAACCAUAUCUUGCCUUUAGGACAGGAGGUAAGACUAGGUCCAGGGGUCGCCACCACUCCAGCCGUGGGCCCAAGAGCUGUGAAACACAGAAGGGCUAGGGAAAAUCGUAGGACUGGUGUCUCUGAGGUGUUGCCUCCUGUGGUACAUGCACAGUCUAGCACUUCUGAUUCUGAUUCGGAAUAUGGUUGUUAUGCUGAGGAUGCAGUGCAACAUGCUCCUCUGACUGCUGGCACGCAUAAUGCCCAGCCUGUACCAGAUUCUACUGCGCCGUGUGUCUCCACCACAGUUAGAAGCCCUAGGUUAGUGCCCACACCUAGAGAUGUGAUAACUCCACUCAACCCUGCACUCCUUACCUCUCCACAUAGGUCUCCUGAGGUAGUGAAGGAUUUAGUAGCCACAGACCAGGAUGUUAGUUGUCCUGAUGUUCACUCUGUAGUUUAUUCUGCAGCUCCCACAGACUCCGUUCUUCCCUUAGUACGUAGGUCACAUAGGGAUAGGAAGCCUACUGACCGCUUGACUUAUGGCAAGCUAGGAGUGCAGAGCAGGAAUGUUGUAGCAUCACACUUUGCACUUGCCGAGCCAUUCCCUGCACGAUAUAAAGUUUCUCAUGCCUGGUGGUGUAAUCCGCAGGCUCUUUGCAGUACAUGCACAGACCGGCCAUUCCUUAUGCCAUGCACUUCACCUGCCUUUACACCCAUAGCUAGUUUUUAAGCAAUAGGCCAUGUUUGUUUUGGGUCUUUGUUUUGUUUUGCUUAUUUGUUUUCUUACCUAUUUUUCCUGUUCACCUUAUAAUAUAUGUAACCCAGCAUGGGGGCAUGCUGUUUGUUGGUGGGGGGAGAGUGUAAGGUCCUCUAAAAUAACACUGUAUUUUAUACUCUAUAUUGGAUUGCCCUAUUUUCUGUGUAAUUAACUCCAUUUACCAUAAUGCCUUGUGGUUUGGAAUAUUUUCACUGUUCUGAUGUGUUGUGACGUUCUGUGCAUUCGGACCAAUCAGACUUAUUUGCUCGUUGUAGUUUUAUUUGAAUUUUGAUGUCAGCCAAUGGUAAUUGGUAUAUGUUUAAUGCCCGCGAGUUCGCGGGCUUUUUGAGAUGUUUCAUCACUUCGCGAGGGAGAAGCUCACGGAGUUCCCGCCUGCUGCCGAGCAGAGAGAGAUCGCGUUGUUUGUGAGCUCUAUUUCAGCACUUAUUUUGCAGACAGUUUUUUUUUAUAGUUUGGUCUGCUUGUGGCCAUAAACUCCGGUGUCACUCCAGUGAGUGAUCUUGCUGUUUUUUUUUUCUGCGGACACAUCUGCCCUCCGUGCUGUGCCCACCGGAGCGCUUUCGUCAGUCCCGGGAACUCACUGUGUCGGGUCUGGGACCCAGCCCGCUACCGAGGGGUUUGGGGUGAGCAGCAUCUUAUUCGAGCGAGCUAACCCACAGCAAUAGCUAGCCCUCUGCUCAGGAGCAUCUGCUGCGUGACUGUACCGACAUCUGUAACCUGAUCCGUCUGGUUUGACCGGUGGAUUGUGAGUAACGCGAACCCACACUUACACUGACACACACACACACACACACACACGCGUUCCUCUGGUCUCGCCUGGAUAGCCAGCGUUUUAGAAGGGCAUUGCAGCGGUUGCUGUUCUGUCUGCAGUUCACAGAGCUGCCACCUGUGCACCAACGGGCCCCAACUGCGCGCGCGUUUUUCUUUCUUGUCCACUUCUUUUCUUCUGAUACUUUACCCAGUUUUAUUUUCUUACUAUGUACUGCUGGUAUACACACUGUUGAUGUGCUAUCUGUAACACCUCUAUUAUGUAGGCUAAUUGUUUCCGCUCUUCUUGUGCCGGUGUUACUAUUUUCUUGGUGAUUACAUUGCAUGCUUCUUUGGGAGCAUUUAUUGUCAAAUACUAUUAUUAUUAUUAUUAUUAUUAUUAUUAUUAUUGCUUAUUAAUAAAUAUAAUCAUUAUUAUUUAAUUAUAUCUUGGGUGUAUUGGCUGCUCAUUUGGUUGUUUAUAUUUGAACAUUCUGACAUGCACACUGCAGACUAGCUAUUAGUUCUUUCACUCAUGCUACUGUUAUUUUAAAGUCUGAGGAAAUACACCAUACACUAGCUUCAAAGGUAAGUGUAGUAUUUUCGCAGUGGAGGCACCGCGCUGUUAAAUUUAUCAUUUAUUAGAUUUAUGCUUAUUAUUCUCUCUCUCUACUCAUACUUGUACCCUUAUGGUAUCAGGAAUCUCAGCCAGCUCACCACUCCACCGCUGAGAACUUAGGACCCUGUUGCGCCAUUAUUUAUUGGGAUUUAGGGUAACUCUUUAGUAGCCUAUAGCCUACUGUGCUGGGUGAUCAGCACCUGUCCAAAAAAAAAAAAAAGGGGGUUACAUUAUGUUAUGCAAGUUAUUGUUUUAAUGAGAAUGAGAAUUCAAUGUCGUAGACGCCGCAGUUUGGGGAGAGAAUUUUAGGGGAAGCUCGGCUUCCCUUGUUGUCUCUGAGAAAUCGCCCCGAUAUAUAUAUAUAUAUAUAUAUAUAUAUAUAUAUAUAUAUAUAUAUUGUGUUGACGAUGUGUUGACUUACCGUAUGUUGACAAUGAUGUAACUGUUUUCUAGCUACACACCAGGGACUUUCCCAGAGCAGUGUGUGUAUGUGACUCACUUUAUAUUUUUGCUCUUCAGUGUCCAACCCAGAACAAAGACACAUUUGGGAUUCAUAUUCGAGUGCUUGGGGACUGGACAAAAUGUUUUUUGCAGCUGUUGGUUCCUGAGUCCGAACAC